GUUAGGCACUGUGUGUUAGGUACUACAUGUGUUAUGAUAAAUGUGUUUUACAUUUUCAAUUCAGAAUCUAUAACUACAUUUGUGGUAAUUAUAUAGUUCAAUUAAACACCUUUUCCCAAAAUAAAGUUUUUAAAUGAAAAAUAUCUUAAAUUGUGCAUUGUGAAAACCAUAGAUUAAAAUAGCAGAGUGUAUUUUUACAGCAGUGUAUGACACAUUACUAAAAUAAACAAACACACACACUCAUGUGCCAACACAUCAUAGACCACAGCAGGAAACUCAGAAACAAGAAGGAAGCAGGAGUCAGUGGUGUGAACGUCUACCAUGAAGAGCCUUCUCCAGAUGUGGACGUGUAGUCUGCUCUCUCUCCUCCCCAUGGGUGACACCUUCAUGGUGCAGUGGGUCUAUGCACCUGAGGAACACUUCCUGCUCCUGGAUUGUGGGCGGAGCCUAGGUGUUGGACAGGGCUUGAUCGUGGAGUGGAGACAUGGAGCCACUAGGGUCAAAGCCACAGAACACAGACGCGGACAGUCUCAGCUUGAUGGGAGCAAACACCAGCUCUUCCCAAACGGAACGCUGUACAUCGGAGAUCUAGAGGAGACGGACUCUGGGCUGUACUACUGCAACAGCAACCUGACCGCCAAAGUCACUGUGCUUACAGCUCGUAACGUCGUUGUUUAUGAGGGUGGAACUCUGUACCUGUCCUGUAAACCCUACGGCAAGUCCAAGCAGCGAUGGUCGUACAGGCGCAGUCCCGAGGCCAGGCGUGAGUUCAUCUCGUCGUGGUUUAAAAACGGGACGCUUAGGAAGGAACGAGAGGAUCUGGACGGCAGGGUCGUGCAGACUUACGACCACCUCCGGCUCCUCCGCCUACAGCCGGCAGACUCCGGCCUCUACCUGUGUAACGGCAACGACAUCGCUCAUGUCACCGUACGACACACAGAAUCUACAGAAACCAUCCCUCAAAUGUCUCAAUAUGUGACGCUGAUUGCUGUCCUGGCUGUGUUUCUGCCAGCAGUGGUUGUGGUCCUGCUGCUCUACGUGUCGUUCAGGUUGAAAAUCAGAAACAGGAAGAAAGAAGCAGCAACAAAAAAACAGGAAACAACUAAUCUGCAGCUGCAGAAGAUGUCAGGUGAAGAUCCAUCCAGGAGCUGCUCUGAUGAGGAACAUUCCAAUUCUCUGACAGACCAUAGUGAGAUUCAGUAUGCUUCACUGGGACGGCAGAACUGGAGGCCUCGUGGCUGGUCCCAGGACAAUAGACAGCAGAUCUACAAGCAAAAAUCCAAAUAAUGCUGAAAGAAGAAUAGCUGCCUUGCAAACACAUGUUUAAGAAAAUACAUUUAAUGAACUCUGACAAUGUACUGAUUAUGAGUCUGAAAAUGUAAUAAACUGAGAUACUGCACAUCGACUUUCCUCUGGGUAUCCAAUACAGAUGAAAACCAUUAAUAUGUGAUGUCAUUAAGGGAGGUCAUUGAUAUGUAAGGUAAUCAAGACAAAAUUACUUCUCUCUCUCAUCUAUCAAUCUACCUAUCUAGCAAGCUACCUAUCAAUAUAUCUAUCAACAUAUCUAUCAAUAUAUCAAUUUACCUAUCAAUAUGUCUUAUCUGUCUAUA